AUGUCUCUCCGCGCGACGACCCCUUAUUAUUCUUCAGCGCAUACGGCGAGGAACGUCUCCAACAGCGCUACUGCUAUCGGCGCGGGAGCUGGGGCGAAUGUGGCCAGAGCUGGGGCGGAGAUGAAAGAAGGUGCCAAGGGGUUUUUGAAGAGUCCUUGGAUCGUCGGGUUGUUGCCUUUCGUAAAUGGAGGGGUUAGCGGGAUGGUUGCUACCGCUGUGGUCCAGCCUAUCGACAUGGUCAAGGUGCGAAUCCAGCUCGCCUCCUCAACAGGCCAAUCGACCAACCCCAUCCACAUCGCCCGUUCGAUGCCAGCGUCGCAACUCUAUACCGGACUCUCUGCCGGUCUGCUGAGGCAGGCGGUGUACACGACGGCCAGGCUGGGAUUGUUUGAUACGUUCAUGGGACGGCUGAAACGAGCUGGAGAGGUCGGGUUCAAGGAGAGGGCGAUCGCUGGGUUAUCGGCUGGAGGUCUCGCCGCCAUGCUGGGCAACCCGGCUGACCUGGCCUUAAUCCGAAUGCAAUCUGACGGUCUUAAACCCGCUCACAUGCGUGCAAAUUAUACCAACGUCUUCCACGCCCUCACCGAUAUCACCGCCAAAGAAGGAGUGCUCGCCCUCUGGAACGGCGCCACCCCCACAGUCGCACGGGCCAUGGCCCUGAACUUUGGUCAACUGGCCUUUUUCUCCGAGACGAAAUCGCAGCUUUCGAAGUUUGAACGCCAAGGAUUCCACUCGAUGAACGCCAUGCAACAGACGCUCGUCAGCUCGGCGGUUGCUGGGUUCUUUGCGAGCUUCUUCAGCUUGCCGUUCGAUUUCGUGAAAACGAGGAUGCAGAAGGGUGGGAACGUUGUCGAUGGGAAACGGGUCGGCAUGGUCGGGACCGCUCUCAAGGUGGCACGAGAGGAGGGAGUGGGGAGGUUUUACCGUGGUUUCGGGACGUAUUACGUCAGGAUCGCACCGCAUGCCAUGGUUACCCUGCUCGUAGCCGACUACCUCGGGUGGUUGACGAAGUGA